AUGGUUGCACUUUUUAAUGAUGAUCCUUUAGGUCCAUCCAAGCAGAAUCAGUCUUCAAGGUUUCAUCUCUUCUCUGAUUUUCCUAAGGAGAUACGCCUCUAUAUAUGGACUUUAUCUCUUCAUCAACACCGCUUCAUCCCGAUUUGUGUAAGCAAGACGGCUGGUCAAGACAAUGCAAGCCACCAUGAUCAAUCUCACUUUUAUUCUAAUCAUAAUGACCUGGGCAAGAUUAUCAGCGGUGGUGAUUACCACCUUUCUAUAAAUAAGCCCAUCUUAGAUACAACCAACCAGCUGUUUUAUACCACGAUAGAAGCAAGAUCAGUAGCACUAGAAUUCUACCGUAUUUGCCUACCUCUUGCUCGAGGUCAUAUUCGAAUCAACCCUGAGUAUGAUGUGUUGUUCUUGCAGGAUUGGGAUAAAGCUCCUCAAAUGCUCGCUGAUAUUCUUCAUGAUAUCAGAGCUUAUGAUCCAAAAGAUGAGGGCCUGAUGCAUCUGGCUCUAGCGGAAGGUUCAGGAGAUAGUUUAUUCGAUAAUCCACAUCCCUCUAAUAUACUCUCCGGACAUACUGAGAUGGUUGAUUUUGACUCCAACACGUCUCUAAACUCAUUUCAUGAUGAAACAAAGAUAGGGAUGCAACCAAGUAAUGAAGUGCCCUUUUACAAUGAAACACUGUCCUUUCUGAGAGAUGCGAGUCGAGAACGGCGUAAUCGCGGUAUGGGUUAUGGAACUUCACAUAUUUCUCAUCACCCUAUAGCCAUCGCAUCCCUCGUUGAUAUACUCAGUACCAAGCUUCGGUCAUUGUGGUGUGUUGAAAAAUUACUAUCUGACACAAGGAUCUACGACAAUAUAGGACCGCGGAUGGGAAGACCUCACUUAUCAGAGACUUGUCCGAUCAUGCCUUCCAUGAAACAAAUGGGUAGAUCCAGUAUCAACUUUGAGUGGUUGGAGAGCGAUCCGAGAUCAAUUCAACCAGAUUUGAAACAACUAGCUUUCUGGCGGGAUCCACGUCGAUUCUAUCAUAGCUGGUGCAUUCUGGAGGGAAUUCUGGGUGUACGGCAUAGAUCCGCUUUCGAUUUUUAUGUCUGCGUGUCAACACAAUUACCUCUUCAGGAAUGGGGAGAAGAUGUUGAGCAACAUGUGUCAAUAAAGUCUGGGGUGCGUCAGAUGGUUGACCGUCAUAGAGAAAUUGAGCUGGCUCAGUGGGAGGAAUCGCUUGAGUUUUACAAGAAUAAUCUCGGUAUGAAUAUCCCUAUGCAUGGCUUUCUGAGAGAAGAGGAGAGCUAUAAGGAGUUGGAAGAAAAUCCUUCAAUGGCUGUUGGCAUGUGGAUCUUUACUGGAAAGGCGUUUGGGCACGUCAAUGGAGGGAACAUCCGUGACGUAUACGGGAGGUUCAAAGAGCAUUUUGAGAUGUCGGAAGUCCCUGGGCUUGUAGUGUUUGACAUUUGA